ACCGCGGCCGGAGGCGCGUCGGGCUGGAGCCGGUCACGAUGCCCCGAAGGAAACAGAGCCACCCGCAGCCCGUGAAGUGCGAGGGGGUCAAAGUGGACCCCGAGGAGACCCUCGACGAAGGCCCCGGGACCCUGGUCUUGGAGAGUGACUUGCUGCUGGGCCAGGAUCUGGAGUUUGAGGAGGAAGAGGAAGAGGAGGAAGGUGACGCUAAUAGCGACCGACUCAUGGGCUUCGAGAGAGACUCCGAAGGAGACUCUCUGGGGCCCAGGCCUGGGCUUCCCUACGGGCUGAGCGACGACGAGUCUGGGGGCGGCCGGGCGCUGAGUGCGGACAGUGAAGUGGAGGAGCCAGCCAGGGGGCCAGGGGAGGCCAGGGGUGAGAGGCCAGGCCCAGCCUGCCAGCUGUGUGGGGGGCCCACAGGUGAGGGGCCGUGUUGUGGGGCAGGAGGGCCGGGUGGGGGGCCCCCGCUGCCCCCACGGCUGCUGUACUCAUGCCGCCUCUGCGCCUUCGUGUCCCACUACUCGAGCCACCUGAAGCGGCACAUGCAGACACACAGCGGGGAGAAGCCGUUCCGCUGUGGUCGCUGCCCCUACGCCUCAGCCCAGCUCGUCAACUUGACACGACAUACCCGCACCCACACUGGCGAGAAGCCCUACCGCUGUCCCCACUGCCCCUUUGCCUGCAGCAGCCUGGGCAACCUGAGGCGGCACCAGCGCACCCACACGGGGCCCCCCACCCCUCCCUGCCCGACCUGUGGCUUCCGAUGCUGUGCUGUACGACCGACCCGGCCUCCCAGUCCCACAGAGCAGGAGGGGGCGGUACCACGGCGACCUGAAGAUGCUCUGCUUCUUCCAGAUCUGAGCCUUCACGUGCCACCAGGCGGUGCCAGCUUCCUGCCAGACUGUGGGCCAUUGCGUGGUGAAGGGGAGGGCCUGUGUGGGACUGGAGCAGAGCCACUGCCAGAGUUGCUGUUCCCAUGGACCUGCCGGGGCUGUGGACAAGAGCUGGAGGACGGGGAGGGCAGCCGGCUGGGGGCUGCCCUGUGUGGGCGCUGCAUGCGAGGAGAAACUGGAGGGGGUGCCGGCGCAGGGCCCCAGGGUCCCAGUGACAAAGGCUUUGCCUGUAGCCUCUGCCCCUUUGCCACUCACUACCCUAACCACUUGGCACGGCACAUGAAGACGCACAGCGGCGAGAAGCCUUUCCGCUGUGCCCGCUGUCCUUAUGCCUCAGCUCACCUGGACAAUCUGAAGCGGCAUCAGCGUGUCCACACAGGGGAGAAGCCCUACAAGUGUCCCCUCUGCCCCUAUGCCUGUGGCAACCUGGCCAACCUCAAGCGUCAUGGGCGCAUCCACUCUGGCGACAAACCUUUUCGGUGUAGCCUGUGCAACUACAGCUGCAACCAGAGCAUGAACCUCAAACGCCACAUGCUACGGCACACAGGCGAGAAACCCUUCCGCUGUGCUACUUGCGCCUACACCACAGGCCACUGGGACAAUUACAAACGCCACCAGAAGGUGCAUGGCCACGGGGGGCCGGCAGGGCCUGGCCUCUCUGCCUCAGAGAGCUGGGCCCCACCUCACAGCACCCCCUCUGUUUUGAGCUCUCGGGGUCCACCAGCCUUGGGUGCCACUGGCAGCAGGGCUCUGCAUACAGACUCACCCUGAACAAGGGCCUAUUCCUCCAGAGCCCUACCAAUGAGCCCUGGUUCUCCAUACCUUUUCUACCAAUGGACCAGAAGUCACCUCUUUCUUCCCCCGCUGGCCAGGGGCUCCACAGACUAACUUAGGCGCUGUAUGGACCAGCUCAGACCCCCGCAGGCAGGGGCCCAGAUGGACCAAAGGGGCCUUCCCUUGACUGCACUUGAUGAGCUCAGUGAGGGGGCCUUGGGGUCACUGCUGGGACCUACUCAGCCUUCCACCUGUUUAUUUAACUUAUUUCAGUGCUUUAUAAUAAAGGAAACACUAACAGA